AUGGCUCGCUCUGCUUUGCUCUGUCUUUGUCUUGCGCAAUACUUCGUUCUUAUCUUUGGACAAAGCUACUCAGGCUGCCAUAGACAUGGAAGCGUCGAGUACUGCUAUGGUACUAAUGGAGAAGAAACGCCAGUCGCAACCCAUGCAUCGAUAACUUCUGGACCCAUGACUACCCACACAAGCACUACCGCUACUGCUCAGACUACUGCCAUAACAGGAUGUCAUACUCAUGGCACUCAAACGUUUUGUAUUGCUGGAACGGGUGAUGAGGUGCUUGUGACUGGCACAGCAACAGCCACUGGCCCUCCACCGUCGCAAUUUACGGGCUGCCAUAGCCACGGUCCUGAUACAUUCUGUUUAGGCCCAAAUGGAGAAGAAGUCGGGGUGGUCUCCGAAGGUUCCUCACCGGGUGAAGAACAUGGCCACGAAGAGCAUAGGGAGAAUGGACAUGAAGGCCUGAAUUGCCAUUUCCAUGCGGGUGUAGAGCAUUGUGUCCCAGAAAAUGGAUCUGAGGCUCCGCCAGUUUCUUGCGAGCGAGUUGAUCGAGAAUACAACAUACCUUACCGCAUUGGGUCUCUAUUUGCAAUUUUAUUUACGAGUGCGGUUGCAGUAUUCGGUCCCAUCCUAAUGACUCGUUUCUUUGCAUCGAAGAUGAAUAUCUUUGCAUUCACAAUAAUUAAGCAGCUCGGCACUGGUAUUAUGAUUGCAACCGCCUUCAUACAUCUUCUGACGCAUGCCGAGCUCAUGUUUGGGAAUGAAUGCCUUGGCGUUCUACAAUAUGAAGCUACUGCGGCGUCUAUCUUCAUGGCUGGUUUAUUUAUAACUUUCUUGAUCGAAUAUUUUGGAAAUAGAAUAGCUUCAUCACGGGGGAAAAAACACCCAGAUGUGGAUGAUGUGGAGCCCUCAGCCGCAUCUAGCCAGCAUGGCGCAGAAUUGGGGUCAAAACCAGUUCUGGAUUCGGCGAUUGCCAACCUUGGCCACAAGCAUGGCUGUUCAGACGUCCCAGAUGACAAGCUGAGCGUUUUUCUUAUGGAAGCAGGCAUUGUCUUCCACUCACCCUCAGUCCUUGGUGUUACCUUGGUAGUCUCAGGCGAUUCAGGCUACACACCUCUAUUCAUUGUGAUAAUUUUUCACCAGAUGUUUGAAGGCCUGGCUCUUGGCUCUCGAAUUGCCGAGUUGCCAAAGACCAAAAUUUCUGCCAAAUUCAUCAUGGCCUCUAUCUUUUCCAUCAUCACACCCCUUGGCAUGGCUAUCGGGCUUGGUGUCCUUCAUUCAUUUAACGGUAAUGAUAAAAGUACUAUCAUUGCGAUAGGUACUCUCGAUGCAUUCUCUGCCGGAAUCCUUGCAUGGGCAGCCAUUGUUGAUAUGUGGUCCCACGACUGGAUUCAUGGUGACCUCAAGGAUGCUGGUGUUGCUCGAAUGAUGACUGGCCUAUUAGCACUAGUUACUGGAAUGGUUCUGAUGGGAGUAUUGGGUAAAUGGGCAUGA